GCUUGUUUGGCUGCUAUCUUGAGAAAUUGAACAAUCACAAUGACGGAAAGAAUGGUGGCAACGUCGUGGCUGCUGCUUAUCGGUCUCGCUGCCGCUGCCAUCGCUGGGGUACUUCAAGCUCGAGCACAGCCCGACAACAUUGGUUUCAUCAGCAUAGACUGUGGCCUGCCGGGGACGGCGAACUCCGUGGACGACGCCACCAAGCUGUCGUACGCCCCGGACGCCGCCUUCACCGACGCUGGUUCGAACCAGAACAUCUCGGUCGAGUACGUCACGUCGACUCUCGCCAAGCGCUACCUCAACGUGCGCAGCUUCCCCGACGGCGCGCGCAACUGCUACACGCUCCGCUCCCUCGUGGCGGGGCUCAAGUACCUCCUCCGCGCCGAGUUCAGGUACGGCAACUACGACGGCCUCAACAGGCCGCCCAUCUUCGACCUCUACGCCGGCGUCAACUUCUGGAGCAGGGUGAACGUCUCGAGCCCGGAAACCGUGCACAGGCUGGAGGCCAUCGUCGUCGUGCCGGACGAGUACGUGCACGUUUGCCUGGUGAACACCGGUUCAGGAACGCCGUUCAUCUCCGUGCUGGAGCUGAGGCCGCUCAAGAGCUCGCUCUACCCGCAAGCGAACGCGACGCAGGGCCUGGUCUUGUUCGCGAGGAUCAACUUCGGGCACACCAAUGCUACUGACAUUGUCAGGUAUCCUGAUGAUCCGCGGGACAGGUUAUGGCUCCCUUUGUUCGACGCCACCCUCUGGGACGUGAUGUCGACGACGGACAGGGUGCAGAACCUGAACAACGACAAAUUCGAGGCGCCGUCCAAGGUGAUGCAGACAGCGAUCAUCCCGCGCAACGCAUCCAACAACAUCACGUUCUUCUGGGGCUCCACGCCGCAGCCCAGGGACCCGACGCCGGGGUACAUCGUCAUCAUGCACUUCUCCGAGCUCCAUCUCCUGACCGGGAACGCCGUGCGCGAGUUCUUCCUCGAGACCAACGACGUGGUCUGGAGGUCCUCGCUUGGUUUCAGGCCAGACUACCUUUUGUCUGACGCCUUCUACACCACAGCUCCCUUGCCAGCCGCCGCUCGGUACACCGUCAACAUCAACGCCACCGCCAACUCGACGCUCCCGCCUUUCAUCAACGCCGUCGAGGUUUACUCCGUCAUCUCCACCGCCAACGCCGCAACGGACUCCUCGGACGUAUCUGCCAUCACGGCCAUCAAGGCCAAGUAUCGGGUGAAGAAGAACUGGGCGGGUGACCCGUGUGGUCCGAAGACUUUCGCCUGGGAUGGGUUGACUUGCAGUUAUGGCAUAUCCAGUCAUUCGAGAAUCACCGGCGUAAAUAUAUCCUUUAGCGGCCUGGAUGGCGAUAUAUCAUCUUCUUUCGCAAAUCUCAAGGCCGUCCAAUAUUUGGAUCUGUCACAUAACAACUUGACCGGCUCAAUUCCGGACGCGCUUUCACAAUUACCAUCACUAACAGUUCUAGAUUUCACAAGCAACCAGCUGAGUGGAUCAAUUCCCAUUGGACUUCUCAAAAGAAUUCAAGAUGGCUCCCUAACUCUACGAUAUGGCAAUAACCCAAACCUUUGCACCAACGCCGAUUCAUGUAAGCCGCCAAAGGGGAAGAGCAAACUUUCCAUCUACAUUGCUGUCCCUGUAGUUCUGGUUCUGGUGAUAGUAUCAGGGGUAGCACUAUUCUUUCUCUUCAUGAGACGAAAAAAGCAAGGAUCUACGUCGACGAAAAACACCGUGAGGCCUCAAAACGAACCACCGAUGAGCUAUGCACCAGCACCACUGCCACCAGGUGAUGUGCACGAGCAGAGCUCGUUGCACCUUGAGAACCGCAGGUUCACGUACAAGGAGCUGGAGAUGAUCACAAAUAACUUCCAGCACGUGCUUGGUCGAGGAGGGUUCGGGAAAGUUUAUAAUGGCUUCUUGGAGGAUGGCACUCAAGUGGCCGUCAAGCUGCGUUCUCAGUCUUCUAACCAGGGUGUCAAAGAGUUUCUCUCGGAGGCUCAGAUCUUAACACGGAUUCAUCACAAGAACCUCGUUUCCAUGAUCGGUUACUGCAAGGAUGGGCAGUACAUGGCACUUGUAUACGAGUACAUGUCAGAAGGCACCCUACGACAGCAGAUUGCAGGAAAUGGCCGCCACGGAAAACGCUUAACCUGGAGGCAGAGGCUUCGAAUUUCACUGGACUCAGCUCAAGGGUUGGAGUAUCUUCACAAGGGGUGCAACCCACCUCUCAUUCAUAGGGACGUGAAGGCAACUAACAUUCUAUUGAAUGCGAAACUGGAGGCCAAGAUUGCUGACUUCGGCUUGUCCAAGGUUUUCAAUCAUGACGAUGAAACUCGGAUAUCCAUGAACACUCUCGUUGGUACACCCGGAUACGUCGAUCCAGAGUACCAGGCAACUGUGCAACCAACAACCAAGAGUGAUGUUUACAGCUUUGGUGUUGUGCUGUUGGAGCUGGUCACAGGCAGGCAGGCCAUCUUGUCCGACCCGGAUCCUACCAGCAUCAUCCAAUGGGUGCGGCGUCGCUUGGCACGAGGCAACAUUGAGGACGUUGUUGACACGCGAAUGCAUGGAGAGUAUGAUGUCAAUAGUGUGUGGAAGGUCGCUGAUAUUGCACUCAAGUGCACCAUGCAAGCACCAGUGCAACGACCUACAAUGACCGACGUGGUGGCGCAAUUGCAGGAAUGCCUCGAGCUCGAGGAGGGGCACCGCACUGGAGGUGGUAGAAGGGGCAGCUUCUAUACCGGCAGCAACAGUGACUUCGACUUGGGCUAUAAUGCGUACACUACUGAUAGCCAGUCAACUGACGUGAGCCAGACCAGCAUCGCAUUUGAGAUGGAUCAUAACUUUGGGAAGACGUCAAGAAUGGGUGGAGGUCCUGUUGCACGAUAAGGCUCUUCUUGGGUGUUUCAGUGGUGUUAUUACACCAAGCUAAAGCAAGUUUGAGUAUGUACAAAGAUUCAACAUUAUAAGUGUGUGCAGUUUUGCCUUUACAAAGGAUUGUAUGCAGCAAUUAUUAUUAUUAUUAUUAUUAUUAUUAUUAUUAUUAUUA